AUGGUGGAAGUGAAAACGGCGAUUAAGCAGCGCCGAAAACUUCUGAGAGCAUUGAAGCGCAGCAGAGAAGCAGGAUUAGACACGGCGGAUGUUUUGGAGCAGUUCCAGAAAGCGAAGGCAGCGGCUAAGAAGGCAGUGAAGCAAGCCAAAGAACGUUCAUGGGAGGACUUUGUCGUUAAAAUAUCUCCGAGCAGCACAACGGCAGAAAUGUGGCAGACGAUGAGGGAGAGCUAUCCCCCACUGUUCCAAGCAGCGAAGGAAAGAGAGGAACGGGAUCGCGUGGGCUCUCUUCCAAACACCAACGACAUCUAUAAUUCGGACUUCACCCUGGAAGAGCUUCUGUGGGUACUGGACAAAGGACGUAGUGUCUCUACAGGUCCUGAUUCGGCCAUCGUUACCCCGAUACCGAAAUCAUCGAAACCUACUUCACCGAAGGACUUCAGGCCCAUUAGUGUCCUACCUGCGGUGUCUAAGGUACUGGAGAAGAUUCUACUGUCGCAAAUAACGGAUCAUCUCGAUGUAUCCACACCCGCUCUGCUUGCCAAACACCAGUCAGGAUACAGGAAAAACCACAGUACCACGACUGAUCAAGUCAAGCGAAGUCAGGUUGUAGACCUGGGUGGUACUCCCUCGAAUCCCCGGAAUCUCACCGACGGUACGCCACAAAGAUCCUGUCUGAGCAUUCUGCUGUUUAGCCUAUACAUCAGCAGCCUGCCUGGUGUGCUAAAAUGCGAGUAUCACCUCUAUGCGGACGACCUCCAAAUCUACAUAUCAGGCCCCGCAAGCGAAAUUAACAGGCUCAUCGAAGCAAUCAAUCAGGAUCUCCUUGCUAUCGAACGUUGGGCCACUGAGAAUCGUCUGUUUCCCAAUCCAAAGAAGACGCAAGCUAUAGUCUUUUGUAGAGAUGGGGCCAUAAUCCCUCAAAAUGACAUCCGCUUCUGUGAUGAAACCAUUACUUUGUCGAACAAAGUUACCAACCUUGGUCCCAUUAUUGACUCUAACCUAAAAUGGACCGAUCAGAUAAACGAAGUCACCAAAAAGAUCUACAAUACUCUUCGUACGUUCAGGCGCUUCCUUGGAAUGCUUUCCAGACAGAUUCGUAUGAAGCUCGUCCAAGCUGUGGUGAUGCCGUUCUUCGCAUACUGCGACGUCGUGUACUACCCAGGACUGUCCACCGCGCUCAAGGCUCAGUUGCAUCGAUGCUUCAAGUCGUCGGUGAAGUUCGUGUAUGAAAUCCGAGGGCGUGACACAACCAGAGAAGUGCGACACACCAUUCUCGGAUGCGAUCUGCCGGAAAACUACCACCGUCGUAUCUGCUGCUUCAUGUACGGGGCCUACCAUAGAAGCCUCCCAGAGUACAUCAGGCAGUACACACCUGAAGGUCGGAACAAGCGAGCUAGAUCCUUUGUCCCACCGCAUCACACCACAAGUUCCCGAAAAAGUGUUCUAAUAUUCGGAGCGUCCACCUGGAACGCACUACCACUAGCUACAAGGCAGCAACGGACUCUCACGUCGCUUAAAGCGGCGCUCCACAGAGCUGAUUAA